AUGGCUGAUCAAGCAAUUGAUGUUAUUGCGCUUAAUGUAGAGGAGUUAAGACAAAGAUUAGGCGAGUUAGGACUUCCUAUUGCAGGAACCAAGCCAGUGUUGAAAGAGCGGCUUCGUAUGGUGCUCAAUCAGUCGAAUAACAAUUCGCAAGGAGAUUCGCGGCGAGAAAACCGUGUGGAUGAUCAAGAGUAUCCAGAUGAUAACGACGAUGAAGAGGAUGAUGAUGGAGAUGCAAGAAAUAGUGAUGAUACCGAGGAAGAUGCUGCUCCUGCACGACGAAGACGAACUACUCGUCGCAGAGAUGAUUACAAACACCCACUGCUUACAUUCAGAGACGUUGAAGAAUCUAUGGAAAAGUUUAGUGGUGAUGAUCAUGUCAACGUAAAAAGAUGGUUAGAUGAUUUUGAAGAAAUAGCUGAAAUGUGUAAGUGGGCGGAUAUUCAGAAAGUAACGUACGCUAAACGUUUACUGGAAGGAUCUGCAAAAUUAUUUGUCCGUUAUGAAAAAUGUAGCAAGACAUGGAUGAAACUAAAGAAAGCAUUAAAAGAAGAGUUCGAAGAAUCGGUCGAUGGCUAUCAAGUUCAUCGCGAGUUAGCUCAAAGAGAAAAGAAACCAGAUGAGAGCUACCAGGCGUAUAUAUACAAAAUGCUAGAUAUUGCUAAUCAAGCGGAUGUUGAUAUUCGUUCAGUGAUUCAAUAUAUUAUUGACGGAAUCCCUGAUGAAUCAAAUAAUAAAUCAAUACUCUAUGGUGCAAAGAAUAUACGUCAACUAAAAGAAAAAAUGUCACAAUAUGAAUCCAUGAAACGUAGCGAAGCUAAAUUUAAAAAUUAUAAAAGUCAAGGACAUAAGGACGAUAAGAAGAAAAAAGCUUUUGAUAGUGACAGAAAAGUGAAACGUUGUUUUAUUUGUGGUGCGAAAGACCAUUUAAAUGAUGUUUGUCCAUCAAAAGACAAAGGAGUUAAGUGUUUCAAAUGCCAUGAGCAUGGGCAUAUUGCUGCAAAGUGUCCCAAUGGAUCAUCGAAAGCUGGUCAAAAGGAGACCAACAUCAUUUCACAGCCAAGCAGAAAUAAGCAUUUGAAGGAAGUUUCAAUCAACGAGAUUCAACUUAUGGCGCUGAUAGAUGCAGGCAGCGACUUAACUCUAAUGCGUAGUGAUGAGUAUAUUAAAAUAGGUUCACCUAGAUUAAUUAAGAAUAAUGUUAAGUUUGAUGGUAUUGGGUCCUCUGGUAAUGAAACGAUUGGCGAAUUUGUAACUGACGUAAUAAUAGACGGGGUUAGUUUUAAUAUCAAAUUUCAUGUCGUCUCAGGUACAAUUUUAAAGAACGCGGUUCUUAUAGGUAUUGAUUUUCUAAAUCAAAUAGAUCUGAACAUUAAUGCAGGUAGUGUAAAAAUUUCAAAACUAGUAAAUGGUUGCACCGAUGUACCCGAUAUCUUUCAAAUUAAUGCCAUUGAAAAAAUUGACGCGUUAGAUAUAGAUUUAUCACAAAUUAAAAAUGUUGAUGAUCGUAAAGAGGUCGAAAACAUCGUAAUGAAUUACAAGCCUGAUAAGACGCGAGAAGUAGGUGUAACUAUGAAGCUGAUUUUAAAAGAUGAUAUACCUGUUUAUUCGCGACCGCGACGAUUACCUCCGCAUGAGCGAGAGGAAGUUGACAAAAUAGUGAAGGAGUGGAUAGAAGAAGGGAUAGCUAAACCAUCUGAUUCUGAGUACGCUAGUCCAAUAGUUCUUGUUAAAAAGAAAAAUGGUUCAACUCACAUAUGUGUGGAUUUUAGGGCUUUGAAUGAAAAAGUUAUUAAAGAUAGAUAUCCACUACCGUUGAUUGAGGAUCAAUUGGAUUUACUCCAAGAUGCAAAGGUUUUUAGUACAAUAGAUUUAAAGAAUGGAUUUUUCCAUGUCCCAAUAGAAAAAGAUAGUCAAAAGUAUACAUCGUUUGUGACCCCUACAGGUCAAUAUGAAUUUUUAAGAGUACCUUUUGGCUUGUGUAAUUCACCAUCGGUAUUUCAAAAAUUUAUAAAUGCAGUUUUUAAGGAUCUUAUAGCUAGACGAGUUGUUCUGACGUAUAUGGAUGAUUUAAUAGUCCUUGCCGUAAAUCAGGAAGGAGCAAUUUCGAGAUUAAAAGAAGUUUUGAAUGUUGCUAGUCAAUAUGGCUUGAUAAUAAACUGGGGAAAAUGUCAGUUAUUACAAGACAGAAUAGAGUACUUAGGGCAUAUUGUAGAAAAAGGGACUGUAAAACCGUCUGACCAUAAAACCAAAGCGGUGGUCAAUUUUCCAAAACCCAAGAAUGUAAAAGAUGUACAAAGUUUUUUAGGGCUCACGGGGUACUUUAGGAAAUUCAUUCCUAAAUAUUUUUUAAUUGCUUGA